AUGUCCACUGGAGAUUACAAAGUUGCUGAUAUUUCCCUCGCCGACUACGGUCGCAAGGAUAUUCAACUCGCCGAGGUCGAGAUGCCUGGACUUAUGGCUUGCCGUACUGAAUACGGAACCGCAAAGCCAUUGAAGGGUGCCCGUAUCUCCGGAUCUCUUCACAUGACCAUUCAGACUGCCGUCCUUAUCGAGACUCUUCAAGAGCUUGGUGGAGACAUCCGUUGGUGCUCGUGCAACAUCUUCUCCACUCAAGAUCACGCCGCUGCCGCCAUUGCCCGUGACGAAUCUGCCGCUGUUUUCGCAUGGAAGGGAGAAUCCCUUGAAGAAUACUGGGAGUGCACCUUGAAUGCCCUCACCUGGCAAGAGGAUGAUGGUAAGGGUCACGGACCCGACCUUAUCGUCGAUGACGGUGGUGAUAUGACCCUCCUCAUCCACGAGGGUAAGAAGGCCGAAGACCUUUUCCUCAAGGACAAGACCCUUCCCGACCCAACCUCCACUGACAAUGCCGAAUUCAAGAUUGUCCUCACCAUCAUCAAGCGCCUUUUGGAAGCUGGUGAGACCGACAAGUGGAACAAGAUCGCCACCAGAUGCUUCGGUGUCUCCGAAGAGACCACCACUGGUGUCCACCGUUUGUACUCCAUGGAGAAGACCGGAUCUCUUCUUUUCACUGCCUUCAACGUCAACGACUCUGUCACCAAGUCCAAGUUCGAUAACUUGUACGGAUGCAAGCACUCGCUUCCCGAUGGUAUCAUGCGUGCCACUGAUGUCAUGCUUGCCGGAAAGAAGGCCGUCAUCUGCGGAUACGGAGAUGUCGGUAAGGGUUGCGCCCAUGCCAUGCGUGCCAACGGAUGCGUCGUUUACGUUACCGAAAUCGACCCCAUCUGCGCCCUUCAAGCCUGCAUGGAAGGUUACACUGUCUGCACUUUGGAAGACGUUCUUGAGACUGGAGAUAUUUUCAUCACCACUACCGGAAACAAGGGUAUCCUCAUGACCGAUCACAUGUCCAAGAUGAAGAACAACGCCAUUGUCGGAAACAUUGGUCAUUUUGAUAACGAAAUCGAUAUGGAUGGACUCAUGGCCGCCACCAAGCGCAUGAACAUCAAGCCCCAAGUCGACAAGUUCACCUUCCCAUCUGGAGCCGGUGUCAUUGUUCUUGCUGAGGGACGUCUUCUGAACUUGGGAUGUGCCACUGGUCACCCAUCUUUUGUCAUGUCUUGUUCUUUCACGAACCAAGUCCUUGCCCAGUUGGAGAUCUACAACGAGAGAAACUCUGGCAAGUACGAAUCCGGAAAGGUCUAUGUCCUUCCCAAGAUUCUUGACGAGAAGGUUGCCAAACUUCAUCUUGGUUCUCUUGGAGCCAAGCUCACCAUCCUGUCCAAGGAGCAAUCCGAAUACGUCGGUAUCCCCGUCGAUGGUCCUUUCAAGCCCGACACUUACCGUUAUUAG